AUGUGGUGUCCCUAUAGCAGAAGAUUGACAAAAGGUUCCAAGAUGCAUUGCCUGAUAUUUCAAGCUUCUCUGUUUCCCUGUGCCACCCUUUGUUCAACACAAAGUGAAAAGGAGAAGCUUCAGGCUGAAUGGAACAACCUCAAGUUCAAGCUGGUAGAGUGGAAAAGUAAAGAUGAGUUCAAGACAGCAAGAACAACUACAACUCCAACUGAAUGGGUGCUGCAACGCCUGAUUACUAUGAAGGACACAUACUCCCAGUUCUACCCAAUGCUCUUCAGAAUUGCUGAAGUGUGCUCAACAAUGUCAGUUUCAAAUUCUUGGCCAGAAAGAGGAGUAGGCAAAUUAAGAAGUGUGAAGACUAUGGCAGGCCGUUUGUAACAAUAUUCAAUAAUUCUUUCAUUAAACCAUUCAACUGCAAUUCAACCGUUCAAUUCAACCCCAAUUCAACCCCAAUUCAACCAGUCAACACUCCCAUUCAACCAUUCAAGAAUCUGUUCAACUAUUCAACCCCUAAUUCAACUAUUCAACCCCAAUUCAACUAUUUGAUCCCAAUUCAACUAUUCAACCCCAAUUCAAUAUCUAAUCCCAAUUCAAUCAUUCAAUCCCGCAUUCAACCAUUGAAUCCUGCAUUCAGCCAUUCAACUGGCGGACUGGGUAACCUGGCACAAAAGAUGGACGAGCUGGAGCCUGAAAUCUAA